UGUCACAUUUAUCUAAAUACAUGGUACCGAGUUAGUUAAUUUUUCUUCUUUACUAUUUAGUGUACUUUAAGUUAUAUUUAAGGAAUAAUUUCAAACGAAGCUCGAGACAUACACGUAUGAAUUCUCGAUACUAUUAUUUGGAAUUGGACGUGGAUCGAUUAGGGAUCUCUGAACAGCCAGCUCUAGCAGCACAGAGCUUGUUGCAACACGCAGGGCGAGAACUGUUUGGUGAAGUGGGGGUCCCCCACGCGGAUGUGUUGCGAGUGGAUGGCUCCCGGGUGCUUGUGCGAGUGCAGUCCCAGUUACUGAGGAAGUUCCGAGCAGCUAUUGCUUUGUCAUCUCAGAGAAUACACGUCUGCAAUCAAGCUCCUUCACUCCAGGCAUUAAUUUGAUUUAUAGAUAAUCAUGUCGGGAAUGCAUCGGGAGGGCGGGGGCGACGGGGCCGGGCGCACGGUGUGGCGCAGCGGCGCGCACACCGUGGUGCUGGGCGCGCGCGAGGAGCUGGCGCGGCCGAGCGCGGUGUCGCUCGCGCCGCCCGAGCCCGCGCCCGGCCUCAUCCUGCCCGACGGCUCCAUCAACUGGGGCUGCCCCUGCCUCGGCGGCAUGGCCACCGGCCCCUGCGGCCCGCAGUUCCGCGACGCCUUUUCUUGCUUCCACUACAGUGAGGCGGAACCGAAGGGCAGCGACUGUUACGAAAAGUUCAGCGUGAUGCAAGAGUGCAUGUCACAGUUUCCCGAGCUGUACGGCAAGGACGAGGACGACGACGAGCUCGCCGCCGCCAUGGAGCAGGCGCGCGACGCGCCCCCCGGCGACGCGCCUCCCCCCGCCGCAGCCGCCGAAGCGCCCCCCCCAGCCCCGUAGCGCGCCACGAGCUAGGAUAGAUAUGAUAGCUGUAAUAAUA